CUGCGCGCAUCGACUGUUCACCAGAAUUGCGCACUCGACGCUUCCGCGAAAAGCCGAAUGGAUGAAGUUAUGAAUGUGUUUCUGAACGAGAGCGCGGAACGAGUGUUUCCUCGAGGCGGGAGCGCACUGACUGGAGUUCUGCACACAAGUGAUGAUGGUGAAGGCGCAGUUACGUGGCUGACCUGACCUGUGAUGAUAGCCUAUAUAAACCCCAUCCAGCAGGAGAAAGUCAACAGAACACUUCCAGAUUCUGGACCACCAAGCGCGCUCAACAAGUCCGCAGGACUCGCCGGGUGGAUUAUGAUGCUGAUGUAGGGACACAGAACACAGAAACAAUCACUAAACACUCUGGAUUUACGAUGCACGCGGACUUUCUCCAGAUGUAGCCGCGCUCCGCUGCUCGAUUUGAUUCAUUUGACUCGUUUGAAGCGAUGGAGUCGUUUGAGGUGGCGGUGAACGGCGUGUCUCACACCGAGGAUCCGUUCUCGGGACCGCUCACAUCCAUCGCGCCCUGGAACUAUAAAGUGCUGGCGGCGCUGAUGUUCAUAGUGACCGCGGUGUCUCUCUGCGAGAACUUCGUAGUGAUGCUGGUCACCUUCAGGUUCAAACAGCUCCGGCAGCCGCUCAAUUACAUCAUCGUCAAUCUGUCUCUGGCGGACUUUCUCGUGUCGCUGACCGGAGGAAUGAUAAGUUUUGUGACCAACUACCACGGGUAUUUCUUCUUGGGGAGAUGGGCUUGUGUUUUGGAGGGAUUUGCAGUCACCUUUUUUGGUAUCGUGGCUCUGUGGUCUCUGGCCGUCCUGGCGUUCGAGCGUUUUUUCGUCAUCUGUCGGCCGCUGGGGAACAUCCGUCUGCGGGGCAAACACGCGGCUCUGGGUCUGCUGUUUGUCUGGACCUUCUCCUUCAUCUGGACCAUUCCUCCUGUCCUGGGCUGGAGCAGCUACACCGUCAGCAAGAUCGGCACCACCUGCGAACCCAACUGGUAUUCAGGAAACUUCCACGAUCACACCUUCAUCAUCACGUUCUUCAUCACCUGUUUCAUCUUUCCGCUGGGUGUGAUCAUCGUCUGCUACUGCAAACUGCUUCGGAAACUCAGAAAGGUGUCCAACACGCAAGGCAGGCUGGGUAAUGCCAGGAAGCCGGAGCGUCAGGUGACCCGUAUGGUGGUUGUGAUGAUCGUGGCCUUCAUGGUGGCCUGGACUCCGUACGCCGCCUUCUCCAUCGUCGUUACGGCCUGUCCCAGCAUGUACCUGGACCCACGGCUGGCAGCCGCUCCAGCGUUCUUCUCCAAAACCGCAGCGGUUUACAAUCCCAUCAUCUAUGUGUUCAUGAACAAACAGUUCAGGAAGUGUGUGGUUCAGCUCUUGAGCUGCAGUGACGUCACCGUCAUCGAGGGGAACAUCAACCAGACCACCGAGCGCGCAGGCAUGACCAAUGAAAGCAACACAGGAGAGAUGUCCGCCAUCGCCGCACGCAUCCCCGCGGCUGGAACCGUCCCACCUAAAACAGUAGAGCAUCCCAAUGAACGCAGCUCAUUCGCCCAAAUUCCCAUUCCUGAGAACAAAGUAUGUCCGAUGUAAAGACACUGUUUGUCACUCGUGUUCUCUGGCUGAAUGCAUUUAUUCUUUUGAAUGCUGGCAUCCAAACUUUAGUCUAAAUGAUGUUCAUCCAGCAUGACAUUUUGCAGCUUGUGCAUGACAGACACUGUUAAAGUUACAGAAAAACACUGAAACAUGCAGUGUUGGGGACUGCUAACUAUUUUCCUUCAAAGUAGUUCACUACAAAAACAAAAAGAAGGCUAAGGGGUGAUAUCUUUAAAAAAAUAUAAUUUUCAUGUAUUUUUUUAAAGCUUUAUUUAGCAACAGUUUCACAAAGAUGGAUGCAAAAAAGAGAUUAAUUUGCAAUAAAAUUAUUUUAACACAAUAUGGUAACAUUUGUGACCUUGGACCAAAAACCCAGUUUUAAGUAGCACAGGUAUAUUUGUAGCAAUAGCCAAAAAUACAUUGUAUGGGUCAAAAUUAUAGAUUUUUCUUUUAUGCCAAAAAAUCAUUAGGAUAUUAAGUAAAGAUUGUGAUCCAUUAAGAUAUUUUGUAAAUUUGAUUAGUAAUGUGCAUUGCUAAAAACUUAAUUUGGACAACUUUAAGGGUGAUUUUCUGAAUAUUUUGAUAUUUUUGCACCCUAAGAUUCCAGAUUUUUAAAUUGUCGUAUCCUAACAAACCAUACGUCAAUGGAAAGCUUAUUUAUUCAGCAAAUGUAUAAACCAAAACUGACUUAUGACUGGUUUUGUGGUUUAGGGUCACAUUUUACUUUAGGCCUUUAUGUGUAAUACAUAACUGUGGUUACAGUUAUUAAUGAAAUCAUAUAAUGCAUUAUAGGUUGCAUUACAAAGCAUAAAUACUUAAUAUAUGCAUUUUAUAAUGCAAAUAUAACAAAAGUAAUUGACUUUUUAUCUCACAAUUUGGACUUUCCUCCUCAGAAUUCUGAGUUUACAUUUUGCAGUUUUUUCCCGACCAUGGAAUAUGAAAAGUAAAUGAUGAGUGACAUAAUUUUAUCAUGCAUUAUAUAAAGGCUUACUCUAAAAUUACUAUGGUAAUACCACGGUACAGUGAUCAGGGUUUCUGCAGGGUCUUCCAAAGUCUUAAAAUUUCGUUGUAUCAAAUUUAAGGCCAUAAAAAGUCUUAAAGUGUACAAAAAAGUCUUAAUCAAGAUUUCAAGAGGUCUUAAAUUUUGGGACGGAAAGACCAGAAUUGUGAUAUUGGCUUAAUGUGAUGAUUAAACUUUGAAAUGUGCAGCACUCAUAUUCAAUAAAAUCAUGGCCUUUUGAAGUCAGCUGCUGUGCUGCCAUUACAGGGGGAAACUGCUAUAUUUCUGCCGUUCCAAAAGCGCCACCUGCUGGCAAAGAAUGAAUUUGCAUUUUCAGUUUUUGUUCAGACCAUUGUGAAAACUGACCCGUUUUACCCUACAAAAACGCAGAGCUGUAAAUGUGAAUUGGUGAAUUGAUAAGGAGAUAAUGCAUUAUAAAAACCUAAACAGUAAAAUGUAUUUAAUAAUUGAUUAAAUUAAUAUAAUAAUUAAUACUUUUGACUCAUCCAUUUUCAUAAAAUGGUUUAAAGUCUAAAAUGUGA